GAGCAUUCAGCACUAAUGUUUUAUGGUGACAUUUUAAUAUCCUAUUAUCCCUUUUUCUAGGGAGUGGCUCCAGCCAAAUUAUUUUGAGGUAGAUGAAUAAUCAACAUAAUGUGGAACUUUAAAUAAGGGGCUUUGUUUCUUGGAAAAAAAAUAGAAUGCCAUUGCUGCCCUGUUUCCUUCUUCUUCUUCUUCUUCUUCUUCUUCUUCUUCUUCUUCUUCUUCUUCUUCUUCUUCUUCUUCUUCUUCUUCUUCCAUUUUUUACAUCCAAUCAUCCCUUUCAUUUGAUUAAGAACUAGGAGGCUGAUACUCAGAUUAGAGACAGCUAAGAAUCUUGAAAUCACUUAGCAAGUUCAGCUGAUUCAACAAGGGAUGUUAAAUUAACAGCUAUUUCAGCCUCCAAAAAGUGUGCAUUACCUACUCUGUAUUUUCAGAACCCCAGGCUUGCUGUGAUAAUUUGUAGAGUUCUUUUCCUGUAAUUUACUUUAUUUAAAAGAGAUUUUCAAUUUCCCGCCCUCAAGAAGAGGUUGCAACUUGUCCUCUGAAGGAGCAAAGGUGUUGUGUGUCCUGACCCUCCCUAGGCAGUUAGUUUCUUUAAAUUCUUGACUUCUGUGUAUGACUUCAGUGAACAGUCACAGUAGAUACCUUGGUAUGAAGGAUGGGAUGGGGUCUUCCAAGGAUUAGGCUAAUAGAAAUGCGGUUGGAAGCCUGGAGAGGUCUUUUCCUUGUCAUUAACAUUGGGUAGUGCAUUGGUCUCCUUUGUGAAGGUCACUUAUCUUGUGGAUACUUCUUACCUCCCGAGUGACAGGCCACAGGAAGUGGCCGUUUCUAUGCUUCCAGUUGGAAGAUGGCAAUCUUGGCUUUAUUUCUUAGGCAGAUAGUAUUCUGUGUUACUUCAAUGACCUGUCUCCCACAUUUAUCUUGGGGACUGCCUCUUUGUUCUUUCCCCCUUGUCAUAUAUGUGUGUCUGUGUGCAUGCAUGUGUACUUAUGAUUGUCAUCUUUUCCUUCUUUGUGAAUUGGGAUUCAGGGAUUUUGCUCCCAUUUUUUCCCCUGUUGUUAACUGAUGCAGCUGUUUGUGGUAAUUGACCUUUAUAUUCUGUCUUUAAAGGAAGUAAUAUGUACCUCGCUGUGCCAAUGUCAGGAGAAGCCAGUGUGACUUGAGUUUGGGAGAUGUUGCUACUGUUGUCCUUUUUCUAUUGAUGAAGUGCCUUGGGCAGAAACAUUAGGGAGCCCAAGAAUGGCAAUGAAAAUGGCUUUUUACAAAAGAAGCUAAAUACAGUCCUUCAGACUUCCUAGGAAUGUCCCGGCCCUAAAGUACCACUAGCUGAUAGUAGAGUUCAGAACAUAAACGGGUCCCCAAAGGUAUCAUCAAGAACUUUUUGUCAAGCAGGUGCAAGAGGACUGUGAAUGAUAGCCAGCUGGCCUAGUAUUCUUCAUGUCCAAGAAGAAGAGCUUUAAAAAACUCCCCUGUUUGAGUCCCUGGCUGGCUGAUGGCAGCCUGAAUCCUUACUCAUUGGCCAAUACUAAGGCCCCUUCUAUAAAAGGUGCUUUACAAAUCUACUCCUUUGUCAAUGUGCUGAAGUGCGGUCCAUCAGCUUGCAGCAUCUCUUCACUAAGAACGUAAUGGAAAUGCCAGCGUGCAGGCCCCUUCCCAGAACAACUGAUGUGCAGGCCAGAGUCUAGGAUCUGCUGUGCAAACACAGGGGUCAUUUUGAAUGAGGAGGAGAUGGAGAUGAGAGGACAGGCAGUUAGAAGCCAUUUCUCCUGAAAUUCCUCAUCGCUAAUUACUACAGUGUCUUAGUGCCACCCAUACCUUUGUCUCUCGAGUUCGGAGCAAAAUGGCAGGGUGUGCUUAGCAAAAUGUCAUCAUUGAUGUUGAGUUUCAGAGUCUUUAAUUAGGAGACUAAAAUCUGUAUAUUGAGAUUUGUAAAUCAUCUAAAUUGUAGAGUAAUGUUUUCAAAUGCCGCUUAAGGAAUUGACAUUAAAGCUCGUUUUCUUAGUUAAGAAAUGCAAUAAUUUCCUCAACCCCUCAGUCAUUAGCCCUCUACUAACUAUAGUGCUUAGACUUUUUUUUUGCCCCCCUUAAAGUCUGUCUGUGAAUUCCAGAGAAGUGUUUCACUAUUUCCUCCAUUAUUAUAGCUACCUAGGAGCUAUGUUCACAUAUUGGAUUAAACGCAUAGCAGUCACAAAGUUAAUGUGAUCAUAUAGAAAAAGGAGACUCCAUUUUCACUUCAGAGAUGACAUAUUUUUAUUUCUUUUAUAGUGUUGAGCAUUAAACCCAGGGCCAAGGAAAGGAGGCAGACACUGUACCUCUAGCCCUGACAUUUUUACUUUCUGGUUGCAAACUUUUAUGUAGUUUAACUCAAACUGUGCAUUGAGGUUUUAAACUUCUCAUAAGGAAGUAAAUUACCAUUGGCUCUCUUACUGAAUGCUUUCCUUUUUCUCUCCACUUUGAUCAAACUAGAAGCCAUUGAAGAGCUACCAGAAAUGAGUGGUAAAACGGCCCGGCGCUUCUUCUUCAACUUGACUUCUGUCCCCACUGAAGAGUUCAUUACCUCUGCAGAACUGCAGAUUUUUCGGGAACAGAUACAGGAAACUUGGGAAAGUAGUUUCCAGCACCGAAUUAAUAUUUAUGAAAUUAUAAAGCCGGCAGCAGCCAGCUUGAAAUUUCCUGUGACCAGACUAUUGGACACCAGGUUAGUGAAUCAGAACACAAGUCAGUGGGAAAGCUUCGAUGUCACCCCGGCUGUGAUGCGGUGGACUGCACAGGGACACACCAACCAUGGCUUUGUGGUGGAAGUGGCCCAUUUAGAGGAGAAACCAGGCGUCUCCAAGAGACAUGUGAGGAUUAGCAGGUCUUUGCACCCAGAUGAGCACAGCUGGUCACAGAUAAGGCCGUUGCUAGUGACUUUUGGCCACGAUGGAAAAGGACAUCCACUCCACAGAAGAGAAAAGCGUCAAGCCAAACACAAACAGCGGAAACGCCUCAAGUCCAGCUGCAAGAGACACCCUUUGUAUGUGGACUUCAGCGAUGUGGGCUGGAAUGACUGGAUUGUGGCUCCUCCGGGCUACCAUGCCUUUUACUGCCACGGGGAAUGCCCUUUUCCCCUGGCCGAUCACCUGAACUCCACUAACCAUGCCAUAGUGCAGACGCUGGUGAACUCUGUGAAUUCCAAGAUCCCUAAGGCGUGCUGUGUUCCCACAGAGCUCAGCGCAAUCUCCAUGUUGUACCUAGAUGAGAACGAGAAGGUCGUACUCAAAAACUAUCAGGACAUGGUUGUGGAAGGUUGCGGGUGUCGUUAGCACAGCAAAAAUAAAUAAAUAAAUAAAUAAAUAUAUAUAUUUUAGAAAAAAAACCCUACUCUCCCCACCCCCCAAAACCAGCUGACACUUUAAUAUUUCCCAAUGAAGACUUUAUUUAUGGAAUGGAACGGAAAAAAAAACACAGCUAUUUUGAAAAUAUAUUUAUAUCUACGAAAAGAAGUUGGGAAAACAAAUAUUUUAAUCAGAGAAUUAUUCCUUAAAGAUUUAAAAUGUAUUUAGUUGUACAUUUUAUAUGGGUUUAACUCCAGCACAUGAAGUAUAAUGGUCAGAGUUAUUUUGUAUUUAUUUACUAUUAUAACCACUUUUUAGGAAAAAAAAUAGUUAAUUUGUAUUUAUAUGUAAUCGAAAGAGAUAUCGGGUUUGUAUAUAAUUUUCCAAAAAAAAAAAAAAAAAGGCCUGUAGCUGUUUUUCAGUUGUGUGUAUUUAAGAUGCGAAGUCUACAUGGAUGGUUCCUGGGCAAAGCGCGCGCACGUUGGCUUUUGUUUCCUGCAGCACUACUGUUAAGUUCACAAGUUCAAGUCCAAAAAAAAAAAAAAAAAGUGGAUAAUCCACUCUGCUGACUUUCAAGAUUAUUAUAUUAUUCAAUUCUCAGGAAUGUUGCAGAGUGGUUGUCCAGUCCGUGAGAACUUUCCUUCUUAUUAGGGGGAAUAUUUGGA